GAGCAGAAGCUCAAGAUCCUGAUACAAAGAAACCGUUGUUCUGCCAACUAAGUAAUUAGUCCGAGUUAGCUGAAGCGUUGCAUGUGAAAGAAGGGGCAGUUAUAAAGCGUGUUGCUGUAGGGUCUAAGCAGCAUCCUGAAGGACCGAGUACACACAGGCCACACGGGCUGUAUUACAGAGCUCCACAGCACGCAGAGGAAACAUGGUCAGCCGUUUUGAACAUCCUGCUGGAGACUAUAAGAAGAUCUUUGAGACUGUGGAGGAGCUCAGUGAACCGCUUCCAGCAACAGUCACUGGGCGAAUCCCGUCGUUUAUAAGAGGAAGUCUGCUCCGUCUGGGUCCAGGCCUGUUCGAGGUCGGAUCUGAACCUUUCUACCAUCUCUUCGAUGGCCAAGCCUUGAUGCACAAGUUUGAUUUCAGCAACGGUCAGGUCACUUACUUCCGCAGGUUCAUUAAAACAGACGCUUACGUUCGUGCCAUAACAGAGAAUCGUGUUGUAAUCACUGAAUUUGGAACAUGCGCUUAUCCGGACCCCUGCAAGAACAUCUUCUCCAGGUUUUUCUCUUACUUCAAGGGCGUUGAAGUAACAGAUAACUGUCUGGUGAACGUUUACCCCAUCGGAGAAGACUUCUACGCCGUCACAGAGACGAACUACAUCACUAAAGUAAACCCGGACACUUUAGAGACUCUGAAAAAGGUGGACAUGUGCAAAUACGUCAACAUAAACGGCAUAACGGCCCACCCGCACAUCGAGAGAGACGGCACGGUGUACAACAUCGGAAACUGCAUGGGGAAAGGAGCCUCGCUGGCUUACAACAUCGUCAAGAUCCCACCCAAGCAGAAAGAUAAGUCAGACCCGAUUGACAAAUCCAAGGUGGUGGUGCAGUUUCCCAGCGCUGAGAGGUUUAAACCAUCCUACGUGCACAGCUUCGGGAUGACGGAGAACUACUUUGUGUUUGUAGAGACGCCCAUCAAAAUCAACCUGCUGAAGUUCCUGAGUGCCUGGGCCAUUCGCGGAUCCAACUACAUGGACUGCUUUGAAUCCGACGAGCAGAAAGGAACAUGGAUUCACAUAGCCAGGAAGGAUCCAGGCGAGUACAUUGACUACAAAUUCAGGACUUCAGCGAUGGGACUCUUCCACCACAUCAACUGUUACGAAGACUCGGGGUUUAUUGUUUUCGACCUGUGCACCUGGAAAGGAUUUGAGUUUGUGUACAACUACCUGUGGCUGGCGAACCUGCGUCAGAACUGGGACGAGGUAAAGAAACACGCCAUGAUCGCCCCUCAGCCAGAAGUGCGCAGGUUUGUGGUCCCACUGGAUCCCUACAGGGAGGAACAGGGGAAGAAUCUGAUCUCUUUGCCGUACACAACAGCCACAGCGACGAUGCGUGAGGACGGAACCAUCUGGCUGGAGCCUGAGGUGCUUUUCUCCGGCCCUCGCCAAGCCUUUGAGUUUCCUCAGAUCAACUACAAAAUGAACAACGGGAGGAACUACACGUACGCCUACGCGCUCGGCCUGAACCACUUCAUCCCUGACAGGAUUUGUAAGUUGAACGUAAGGACUAAGGAGACGUGGGUGUGGCAGGAGCCGGACUCGUACCCGUCAGAGCCGCUGUUCGUACAGAACCCUGAAGGGGUCGAUGAGGACGACGGUGUGCUGCUGACCAUCGUGGUGUGUCCCGGAGCACAGAGACCGACGUACUGCCUGAUCCUGAACGCUAAGGACCUGUCGGAGAUCGCCCGGGCCGAGGUGGACGUCAUGUCUCCCGUCACCUUCCACGGCAUGUACAAGCCAUAAAAGUGUGUUCCAGAUCCUUCCACAUCAUCUCCACACACACACACACACACACACGUGUGUGAGACAUUUCAGAUCAGUGUUUUUAUCCCUUUACAUGAUUGGAUACUGAGACUAUGCCAAAAGUGUUGAAGUAUAAAUAUGGUGUAUGGUUAUAAAACAAUGAUGAUGUUUACAUAUUAAUAUUAAAUGUGCUAAUUUAUUUAUCUUCCCAUUAUUGGAAGAACUAAUAUUUUCUGUGAUUAGUACUGUUAGCACUCUUACGCUCAGGUCUUAGAAUGAACUGUUGGGAUUUACACCGUAUUAUAUGUAGUGUAUC